AUGAUCAGUCAGAAUGUGAGGCGCUCAAAUGUCGCGGAACCUGCUACUAGUCGGUCGUCGUUCGCCCAGAUGCAUUUGCGGCUCUUUCCUCUAUUUUACCUUGUUUGUCACACACUUAUGUUGACGUUAGCGGCAAGAAAACGAAGUGUCACCAAAGAGAACUGGCAACAGGACUGCAAGAGCUGCCUGGAGUGCUCAAAAGAAAAUGGAUGUCUGCGUUGCCCUGAGCGACUCUUCCUCUACUUGCACAGAGAUGGCAUGAGCCAUCACGGCUUAUGUGUCCAUUCCUGCCCCACUGGACACUUCGGCCUGCGAGGAACAGAUGCGAACCGCUGCAUAAAAUGCAAAGCUCAAGAGUGUGAAAGGUGCUUUGACAAAGACUUUUGCACUAAGUGCAAAGGAGGAUUUUUGCUCUUCAAAGGCAAAUGUUUCAGCAGUUGCCCUGAUGGCACAUUUCCUCAUUCUACAGACUGUGUUGAGGGUUGUAUUUAUGGUCCAGUUGGUUCCUGGGGUGAGUGGAGCCCUUGCCUCCACAAUGGCCUAAAUUGUGGUGUCAAGUGGGGGUGGCAGAAUAGGACCCAAGUGCUGUCAGGGAGCUUGCCAGGGGAGCUGUCUGCAUCAUGUCCCCCUCAGAGUGAGACAAGAAAGUGCCGUAUGAAAAAGAAGUGUACAAAAGAUAAACAAAGAAAGGAUCGGCGAGGGGAGCGGAGAAGAGCACAGAAGCAGUGGAUGCUUUUGGACAACACGACUGUUCUUGAACCUCCAGGAGGAAACUGA